AUGAUGCAGUUAGGGACUGUGAAAGGGACAAAUGAAUUUACAACAUUUUUGGAAGCUGCUGGACACAAACUCGUGGUGGUUGAAUUUUCAGCAAAAUGGUGUGGUCCCUGCCAAAGGAUGUAUCCCAUUUUUCAUGCAAUGUCUCUGCAAUACCAAAAUGUGUUUUUUGCUAAUGUGGAUGUGGAUGCUUCUCCGGAGUUGGCUGAAAGUUGUCACAUCAAAGCAAUACCUACAUUUCAGAUGUUCAAGAAAAACCAAAAGGUAACCCUAUUCUCAAGAAUCAAAAGAAUAAUUUGCUGUUAUAGAAGUGGAUUCGUGGUCAAGAAGGCUUUUCGAACCCGUGUCCCAAAAUUCUAA